AUGAAACAACUUGGUGAAAAGGCACUUCAUGCCCUAUACAGUAUAAGAAGACAUCUCAAUCUACACAAUUUAAACCCAAAACUAGCUAUCAAAAUAUUUGAUACCAUAAUAUCACCAAUUCUUUUAUACAACUCAGAAGUGUGGGGUGCUUAUAUCAAAAAUGACUUUAACAAUUGGGAUAACUCUCAGAUUGAAAAAACACACUUGAGAUUUUGCAAACUAUACUUGGGUGUUGGGAAGAAAACAACAAAUAUUGCUUGCAGAGGUGAACUAGGAAAGUUUCCACUGAUAAUCAAUAUUUACAAGCGACUAUUCAAAUACAUUAUUCAUCUAAAUUCACUACCUGAAGAAGCACUUGCCAAACAAGCUUUUCUUAUCUCGAAAGACUUACACUCCAAACGAAUUACCUCGUUCUAUGGAAAUAUUAUGGAUAUUUUGAAAUCCUAUAACUGCAACACACAAAUAACAGAACUGGAAUCAAUCGCAAUUCAAACACUAAGCUUUAUCCAUGACAACAUAAAGCAAAAAUAUCUUAAUUUUUGGAAACACAAACUCGAAAACUCCUCCAAACUAAAGUUUUACAACACGUUCAAAACAGAAUACCAACUAGAGAAAUAUCUUUCAACAAUAAAAAAUCCAACCGAAAGGAAAGCACUCACAAAAUUUCGAGUGAGCAACCACAAAUUAAUGAUUGAGUUAGGUCGCUAUCAAAAAAUACCAAGGGAAGAACGACUGUGUGAAAUCUGCCAGUCAGGGGAAGUGGAAGAUGAAUACCAUUUUGCAAAUUGGUGUAAAGCCUACAGCAACCAAAGAGAGAAUUUUUACACCACUCUCAGAAACAAGCUAACCAUUAUCAUAGAUCAGGCACAAUUAGUAGAUAUAAUGAAAUCUACAGAGCACGAGACUAUUUUAUCUCUGUCGAAAUAUAUUUCUUCCUGUUUUACGGAAAGAAAUAGAUACCUUGAAAUUGGGAUUGCUGUCAGUUAA